CUCGACUUCACAUCAAUCUGAGAGGGGCGGAGGGGGGGCUUUUUUGGGGGAAGCUGUGUGUCAAUGUCAUUUCCGUAAUGGAUGGACUGUAGUACUUAGUGGGAAGAAGAAAAAAAUUAUCAAUGGGAAUGUGAUGGAACUCCGAGUAAUCGAAGAAGAUUAUGGAGCGCAGCAGAGAGAUAGCCAGCAACUAUCAACAUAUUCAUGUGCAGUUACAAGGAGGAGCUCCAUGGGGCUUCACUCUUAAAGGGGGGCUAGAACAUGGAGAGUCUCUCACCAUCUCAAAGAUUGAGGAUGGAGGCAAAGCUGCUUUAUCAAGAAAACUACAGGUUGGUGAUGAAAUUGUAAACAUCAAUGGCUCCCCAUUAUAUGGCUCAAGGCAGGAGGCACUCAUCCUCAUUAAAGGAUCUUACAGGGCAUUGAAGAUGGUGGUGAAACGGAAGAAUGGUCCAGGGAUACGACCUUACACAUGGCACUUAGCCAAGUUAUCAGAGGCACAUCCUGAGCCCACUAUGAUGUACUAUUCAUCAGGAUGUUUCAGCUUGUCAUGGCACUCAGGAUACGACACCAGUGACUAUCCUGCACAGUGGGAUCAGUUAGCACUCCGUCGGAACACAGAUCAAAGGAGUUCGUUUGGGAGUAUGGACAGUCUUGACCAGCCCAGUCAAAACUGUGACCAAAGCACAUAUCCCAACAAAAGGGACUCUGCCUACAGCUCUUUCUCUGCAAGCUCUAACACCUCUGACUAUACUCUGUCAUCGUCAGUGAAGACUGAUGAAUCAGCCUCCAUGGACAGCAUACUACAUGGCUUAGGGCCAUGGUUGCCAACCAAGUAUGGAGAUGCCCAGUAUCUUCAAAAUGGAAAUGAAAGCAGGGAACAGCCAUCUGAAGAGCAGUUUUGUUCUCACUGUGGAAAAGGAUCAUCUGUAAACGGCAACAUGCUGCCAACCCAUGCACAUGAAGGUAAUUCUUCAAGUUCUACCAAAUCAGUACCUCCGCAGCCACCUGUUCGCAGAGAAAGUUUUGUGGCAGCCAAAGCUCGCUCUGCAUCUCUGUGCAUGACAAAUUCUGAGGCACUUGCAGCAACAAACCUGUUACUUCAUUCCGGAAGAUGUGCUUCUGAAACAUUGUUAUCUACAAAAGAUAAAGAUUUUGAGGGACAAUAUAUUGCCAGUGUUCCAAAGUGCUCAGUCGGUACUACCCUGCACUCCAGUAAACCAAUAUCUAGCCAUUGUCCAGUAGAAUGUUGCUGUUUGUUAAGGCAACAACCAAGGCAACAUUGCCAUUCUCAGAGCCAAAGUGAAAAAAUUAUUUUGCACGAAAAUACAACAUUCCCUAGAAAAUCCAGUCGAUAUUUGAUGGAGCAGUUGGACUUGUACAAUUUAAUUGAGCCAUCAUUUGUUACCAGUCACUAUGUAAGCCUGGGUCAGGUAAAGCAGAAUGAAAGAUCACCUUUGAAUUUGCAUAGGCACAGUGCACCUGAAAAGUUGUUAACAGCGCAAAUGCAUUCAUUACCGCUUGCAAUCAAUGGUAAAAAUAAUUUGAGAUCACAUUGUGAUCAGGAAAGUCAUCAAUGGGCCAACUGUGCAUCAAUACCUCAACAGGAAUAUCAGUCCAACAUAGCGCUUACUCAUAAAACUUUAAAUAAAACUGAUUUUUCAUCUGAAGAGCAGAUGAAAGAGAAUUCCUUGAAUCCUGAAUCCAUACCAAAAAUGAAGCAGCAAGAAAUUGAAGUAGCCAGUUGUGAUCACUCUUUGGAUACUCCCCUAAAUUCUUCCCCUUGCAAAGGUGAGCCGAAAAGUGUAACUUGUACAAGUGCUUCUCUUCAAACUACAUUCCAGCAGCAAAACUUGCAUUUGCCUCCAAGACCACCAGAUCAAAUGAGUGAAGGUCGAAGUGGCAAUACUUUGGAAGAUGAGAGAGACACUGAAGAAGCAAAGAAUGAAACUGACAGAAAUACUCGAGGGUGGUGUUCUAGAGUAGCUAGAAUGCGGCGCAAAAGUGACCGUUUUGCCACAAAUUUGCGUAAUGAAAUACAAAUGAAGAAAGCCCAGUUGCAGAAGAACAAAAGUGGAACUGGGCUGUUACAAAUGGAAGAAACUUCAGAAGAAAUAGGUGACUUGAGAGAGAAGCCAUCCAAUUCCUAUACUUGUCUUGCUGGUGAGUCUGAUACCAGUGGCUCAGCAGAAGUUGUUACAGGCACAAAAUUGCAGACUGCAAAUCCUAAUAAAAGUUUGAACAAUUUGGAAGAUGUUCAUAAAACAGGAAAUAUGCAUUUGCAUCCAUUGACUGACAACUCCCAUUUUCCACAAAACAGAUGCAAAACAGGUUCAUUAUCUCAAAAUAUUGAGGAGCAGAAGACUGCUCAACAAGUACUUGGAACUGGCCAAUGUAGAUGGACACCAGAUGAUGGAUGGGAGUUGCAAAGUAAGGCGGUAAAGGAAGUCAGCGUUGAUGAGGCAAAACCUUGUGCGGCAGCAGUGUUACAGGAACCAGAUACCUCUCCACUGGUGCCCUUUGCAGAGAGGAGGAAAUUCUUUGAAGAGACUAGUAAAAAUUUUUCUUCCUCUGAUUCUUACAAUUUUGUGAAACCUCAAAGCAAAUCAAAUACGCUAGGAAAAUCCAAAGGGCAAAAUUUUUGCAGCAAAUUACAUGCCCUCCCAAGUGAUCACCUGAGACACUCUGCAAAGGAAGUGUUCCAACAUCCCUCAUGUAAAGUCAGUGAAGAUUCUGGGCAAGAUCUCGUGUGUUCACCUAGAAAUCUGGAGCAAGCAAUUCACCAUGGACAAGUAAAGAAGUUGUAUGAGCAGGAACGUGAACAUUUAGAGCCUCUCAAACUAAGUAAAUCAAGCACUUUGAAAGAACGUUGUAUUUCUCAAGUUCAGCAGGUGCAACAUUCUGAUUUAACUCCAACACUACAUUAUCAGUAUUUCCUUCCAGAUAACAGUCACCUAGAAGAUUCUCAUCCCACCCUAAGGUCCAACCAGUUGCAAACUUCUUUUCCUGAGGGAUAUCCGGUGGAAAAACUGAAUCAGACUGAGAUAAUAAACAGGAAGUUUACUGCAACAGAAAGAGAGGUGAAGAAUCUGAGUAAUGGUAACUCGCAAGAAACAUUUUCUGAAAUAAAUUCAAAAGAAAGCAACAAGGACGAAUGGGACAAUCCAAAACUGGAAAUGUCUGCUUGGGAGACGCCCAACAAAACCAGUACGCUGCCAGAGAAUUUUUCUGAAUAUGGCCCAGAGUACCCACAAAAGGAAGCAGUUACCCACACCUGUUGCACAAGCCAUAUUAAUUGUGGAUCUCUGGAUAUGCUGAAUAAGUUUGAAGAAGGGAACUUUGCUCCAAAUGAUUCAGAGAUAAAUAGACAUGAAGAUUUAACCAGCAACAAAAAGAUGAAAGCAUCACCACCACCUGACUUGCAAAAAUAUAGAUUGCAGAAACUGUCCCAACACGGGUUGGCAGAUUUCGAGAAGUACCAGUCUAGGAAACUGUCCCAACAUGAGCUGGCGGAUUUCGAGAAGUACCAGUCUAGGAAACUGUCCCAACACGAGCUGGCAGAUUUGGAGAAGUACCAGUCUAGGAAACUGUCCCAACACGAACUGGCAGAUUUGGAGAAGUACCAGUCUAGAAAACUGUCCCAACACGAGCUGGCGGAUUUGGAGAAGUACCAGUCUAGAAAACUGUCCCAACACGAGCUGGCAGAUUUGGAGAAGUACCAGUCUAGGAAACUGUCCCAACACGAACUGGCGGAUUUGGAGAAUUACCAGUCUAGAAAACUGUCCCAACACGAACUGGCGGAUUUGGAGAAGUACCAGUCUAGAAAACUGUCCCAACACGAGCUGGCAGAUUUGGAGAAGUACCAGUCUAGGAAACUGUCCCAACACGAACUGGCGGAUUUUGAGAAAUACCAGUCAAGGAAACCCUCCCAGCGUGAAUUGGCAGAUUUGGAAAAUUUCCAGUCAAGGAAACUAACACAACAGGAAAAGAUGACAGAUGUAGAUAGUUACCAGACCCGGAAGCUGUCUCAAAAUGAAGUACAAGAAUUACACAAAUACCACCUUCAGAAAUUAUCUCUACGUGAAUUACCAGAUUUGGAAAGCUACCAGACCCGGAAACUAUCACUACACGAUUUUCCGGAUUUGGAAAAAUACCAAUUCUGGAAUUGGUCUCGAGGUGAAUUGCCAGAUUUGGAUAAAUAUUGGUCACGGAGAGGUUCUCAUUGUGAAUUAGAUUCAGCAUUGAUUGCACAUCCCACAUUAAUUGAUUGGAAAAGGCCAGAACUUAGCUCUGAUAGAGAGACAUUGGGUUAUUCGGAACUAUCUUCAAGACUUGGGUCUGCCAUGGACAAUGCAACAUGGUCUUCUCAUCCAUCACAGUUGAGUGCGGACUACAUAACGAGCCUUGAGUACAGGUAUCCAAGAUCAGAUUUCAUUGAUCCAAGAUGCUUGGUGUCUUCCUCGGCUGUUCCGGUUCCAGGUGAACGUUUGAUCCCUUCCCAAUAUAGUUAUAAGUCACAGAGGCCAAUGAUGAAAUUGGUAAAAUCCUCGGAGAAUGAAGCUGCAUCAAGAACUCAAAAGUUCAUAUCUCCAGUGGGUGAGUUGGCAUCCAGAGGCAGUAGAAACUGGCCCUUUGAAGGACUCUACCUUCCACACAGCAUGCCAUUUACAAAGAAUGAGAUGGAUCUGGGUUGUCAGAGAUGUGGAGAGUCAUACUUCAGUAUUGCCAACAGACAAGAUGAAAGGUGGGAAGAUUCUGAGACUUAUAUAAAACUUGUCCCUGUACCACUAAGCAACACCAUUAAAAGUCCUUCUCAGGAACCCAGUGAGGGAGUUGAGACUGUGAGAUGCAGUUCAAGUGCUCAGAGCAGGCCAUCUGCCGAGCUGACUUCAGAAGAGCUGGUGCGGGACAUUGCAGAAAAAGACCGGUCUCUGGCAGACAUUCUGGAUCCAAAUUCAAAGAUGAAGAGUGCUGUAGGCUUCAUAGGUGGAAUAUUUCCAGAAAGCAAACAGGAACUAUCACGGGCACGCAAGCACAAGAAACGGAAUCGACUACAGCUGCGUCUGAACAUUGACCAGGAGAAGUGUACUGCACAGGCCACCUCCUCAACAGCAAUCACUAGCUCAACUUCUUGCUCAGCUUACUAUAGCACAUCUGCUGCCAAAGCCGAGCUGUUGAACAAAAUGAAGGACUUACCAAAUAUGGCUGAAGUGUGUUUGGAAGAGGAGGAGGAAGAGGAGGAAAUGUUGAUAGAAAAGAAGCAGCAACUGAUUAGCAGUCUUAGCAGGAAACUCUCUGUAUUGCAUGAAGCCCAGAAGAGCCUCUUGGAAGACAUCAGUGCAAACUGUGCAUUGGGGGAAGAGGCAGAAAGACUGGUCAAGAAUGUCUGCAAACCAAAUGAGUUUGAUAAGUACCGAAUGUUCAUUGGGGAUUUGGAUAAAGUUGUAAACCUGUUGCUGUCUCUCUCAGGCCGACUUGCUCGAGUGGAAAAUGCCUUAAAUAACCUGGAUGUUGAAAUGAGUGAGGAAGAAAGGCAUGCAUUGACUGAAAAGAAAAAGCAACUUUUAGCUCAGCUCGAAGAAGCCAAAGAACUGAAAGAGCACGUGGAUCGCAGAGAGCAUGCUGUUCAUAAUAUCCUUGUCAAGCACCUGUCUGAGGAGGAGCUGCAGGAUUACAUUCAUUUUGUAAAGAUGAAAUCUGCCCUCAUCAUUGAACAGAGAGAGCUGGAGGACAAAAUCAAGCUUGGCGAGGAGCAGCUCAAGUGUCUGAGGGACAGUUUAUCCUUCAGACCGUGCUAACACAGCAAUAUUGAAAUGUAGAACACUUUAAAAUUAAUGUUUGGUCUAAGUCAUUAAACUGAAAUGCAUCAAAAUUUAAGAAACCAUGAAUUCCUUUAUCAAACAUAUUCAUAUCCAAUGGUUUUAAAAUCUGCUGUAUAUGCCUCCUAUUUGUUAGAUAUGACUACAGUUAUGAAUCUUAGUCAUGCUUAUCCUACUAACUGACAUUCUUCAGUGGAAUCUGCUUAUGUGAAAGGAUGGAAGUAUUGGCUUCAACCAGUUGGUAUGGAUGACCACUGCUGAAGUAGCAGCCUGUACAAAUCAGGAAGGUCCCAAGUUGUAAUAUCCACACAUUGAAUUGUUUGAUUUUAAAUGAGAGAAUCUUAAGUUUCCCAAAUGGUCUCUAGGUUCAGAGCUGGAAAGUAAAGUUAAUUCUGAGUCCUGGUUCUAGUUUUAUCCAGUACUAUUUUGGCACAUGCAGAGGCUUUGCUAUUUAAAUGCUUAAUUGAUAACAAUCUAUUGAUACUUGAUAUUGAGAUCAUGAUGAAGAAUGUUUAAUUGAGUAAGGAACUGGAGGGCUGCCGGUCCAAGUCAAGUUUUACCUUCUUAAGAAUUGGUCUGUUGAGUAGAGGAUGAAGAAGAUAAAAAUAAGAAUUUUGAGAUUAAAUAAAUAAUAGAUUUGCAAAAAUAACCCCCAACAGCUGAUUUUUUUUUUAGCCGUCAUAUUUUUUUUGAAUUGUAUAAAAGAAACCAAUCAGAAUUAGCUGCCUCCCAUGACAUUCUUUCUUUCUCAACUGGUGCUGUCAUUGUAAAAUAAAGUUGUAACUAAUUGAUUUUCAUUUUUUAAAAUUCCAUUUUGUUUUUGAGUUCUGUUUCAGAGUAUACUAUGUUACUGAUGUAAGGGUCACCAAACACACAUCCUUGACGAAAACAUUAUAGGACUGGCUACCUUAAAAAGCAAUUGUCAUUUACGUUUUUAUUUCAAUCAUGGGUAAGCAACAAUCUAAUAGCUAAUUUAUUUAGUGAUUUUUAGUAAUAUUCCAUUUUUUGUUGGGUGGUUUCUGUCAUUUUGCAGACACAAUAAUCCUGAAGAACCACAAGUUAUUUUACAUUAAGUUCAAACGAUUAGGUGAUUUUUGCUUUCAUAAAUCUUAUUCUUUUUUAUGCAUAUAAAUAUUGCCCAACAUUUUCUAUUGCUGUGCACAGCCAAUAGGGUGCUCUUCAAAUGUGUAACUCUUAAAUAAAAAUGCAUUAGCCUCUCUCUGAUGGCUCAUAUCAGUAAAUUUACUACCCAGUGUAUCAGUGACAAUAGAGGCCAGAAGUGUUUAAGUUUCGAUCCUUAGUCUGUUCUAAGGUAACUUGUCUUAGUUGGAAUGGGAUAGAAAAUUAGCCAAAGUUGCAGCACCUGAGAACUAUACAGUGACCUUUAUGGAGAAAUGUGAAUGCGGAUGUUGGGUAAGCAUAGGAUUAGCUUCCAUGGUGAAAUAGCCUUCCUUCACUGAACAUGACCCUGCAACCAUGGCCAUUUUGUCAAGAUACUGCAAGUUAGUUUGCAGACAUAUGGACAAGAAAUGGGAGGAAGGCAAAAUUCUUUCACUUUUAUAAUAAAAUUGCAGUUAAUUUCAGACGAAAAAGCUACCAUGAUUCACUCAGCCGAUUAGACCUAAUUUCAGAAUUUAGUGUUGUACUUAAAAUUGCAAAAAAAAAUUGAUAAAUGACAAUAGUCUAAAUUUUUAAUGUCUGUAUAUAAUAUAGUGUGCUUGUGACAUCCAGUGGCAAAUAUCAGUAUUACACUAUUAUUUCUUUUCAUUCCAAUACCAGCUGAUCCAUUGAAGAUGGCUUCAGUCCUCUAUGUAAAUGAUUACUUGGAACAGAAACAACCACAGGUUGAACUGUGGGUAGAUUGAUCAUUUGUUGUCUUCAUUAUCAAUGCCAUCCAACUGGCAAUUAUUUUUGUCACCAGAAAUGUGAUUGUGAUAAAUUUCAAAACUAAGAAUUGCGUUCUAAUGGCCGCUAACACUCAAGAAUGAAGUGGUGACAUAUUUCUAGUAGCUGUGUUAAAAUAAUGAAGGAAUAUUAAAACCUCUGCUGGAUAAUGGGAGGUUUGAAUGAUUGUUGUGCCAUUUAUGUUACAUUUUGCACAGACUGUAACUGCUUUUGUUUCAUGUACACUUAUGAGAAGGAGAAAUGGGAUUUUUCAGACAAUGUUUCUCAUGUUAAGUUAGUCUGAAGCUUUUAUUCAAAAACUGGAAUAAUUGAAUUUCUGCCAAAAAGAAUUACAAGGCUGCUUUUAUUAUUUUGUACUGCAAUUUACUGUAAUUCACCAGACCUUCAAUUGAGGUACCUCAAUCAGUAUUCAGUGCACGAGAAAGAUUUUUGCUGGAUAUAUGCAGAAUUAGUGUUUUAAGAAUUACCUUUGAAGCUGGAAGUGAAUGAUUGAGGCGUAAAGUGUGCAAAUGGGGAGUUUAGUAUCUGGGAAACUUGAAAAUCAUUGGCAUAAUUUGUAACUUUUAAAAGUAUAUUCCUAUUUCCCAGCUGCAGCUUGGCAGAUUGAAGGUAACGUUGCUAGUGACCUAAGUCAUUGAGAAGGGGUUAGACAGAUGCCUGGAUGGUUCGAGGGGUGUGGUGCAAUAGAGGAGAUUGACCAAUAGCUAUAGUGGGUGAUGUGGUGGUUUGACAGAACAUUGGGGAAGGUUAUGCAGACUGUAGCGAAUGUCCAACAGAUCAUGGAGCAGGUUUAAUUGAGCUGGGAGAAGACACUGUUGCUCCUCUUGUUCUGUAGGUAUUGUGUAAGAGCAGUUACCUGUUGAAUCCAUUUUUUCACACUUCCUCUGCCCUUGGAAACAUGACAUGCAGGUCUUAAAAACAAAAGUUUUAUUAAAGUAGUUGCUUGUGGUCUCCUUAAAAUAUUUUACAUUUUGUAAAAUUCCAAACUUCUCACUCACAUCCUCUUCCAUCUCCUGAGAGCGAGUUGAUCACAUGGUUUCCAACCUGACUCAUCUCCAAUUAAACAACUGUUGAGCUGGUUGUGAUAAGAUUUACCUAACUUCAUUUUACUCUCCCCUCCUGUCACUCCCAUUCCCCUUCUCAAAUCAUCUGGGGUGACUAAAACAUUUCUAGGGUAUCUAGAAUCGCAUUUCUAUAGAUCUUUGUGAAAUUACAGCAUGUGAACACUUAAAUUGUAUGGUGUUCUUCAAUCCAUUAUUUUCCUUUAGCUAUGCUGUUUAUUUUCAGUAUUUGUAGUUUUAACUUAGUUUUACUUUUGGCUCUGUAUGAAUUACAAACAUUUCAGCAGACAAAUAUAAAUCUAACCUAACAGCACUGAUUUGAUUUCAGAGUUCAGCUUAGAAAUUGCUGGCAAUAUUGCUUUGAACCUUUCAGUAUAAUGCUCUUCUAUCUACUGUUCUAAUUCAGAAUUUAUCUUGCUUAUUUUAAAUUUGCCAAAAUAUCAAAUAGAUGAGCACCAUACAGAUAUAUUAACUUGUUUCAUUUUUUGGGUAAUCACUGAAACAGUGAUAUACAGUUGAAUCUUUCAUCAGAAUGCUGUUUUGAUGUGGGAGUUGACAUCAAAUCUAAUGAAAGCUUGCCUUAAUUUACAAUCGGAACCACCUCUCCCACCACUCUUCCUCCUCUGUAAUGUAUCCUCUGUAAUGGGUGGCACAGUGGUUAGCACUGCUGCCUCACAGCGCCAGAGACCCGGGUUCAAUUCCCGCCUCAGGC